AUGGCAGGGGAGGGGUGUUGGCGCCGGGUCGACGGGUGCGGUGCACGCAGGGAGGGUGGCGAGGGUGAGGGGUGUGUGCAAGUGACGCGUAAGUCGUAUUUCGUCUGGAGCGUUUAUCCCGCGCCGGCGGAUCAAUACAGUUGGCGCAGUGGCGGUGGCCUAGGCGGCGCGGCGGCGGCGGCGCGUGCCUUGUUACACUCGCUACGAGCUCGAGUCUGUGAGAUGCUGUCAAACCGAGCGGACGCCGGGUCGAUGUCGCGUUUGGCG